UCGUUCGCGCCACAGUAUCAGGACUAAAGUCGGCUGAUUCUGGAGCUCCCGCUGCCAGCAUGGCGUCCAACACCCGUCAGAACGUGACGUGGGUUGAGGUAUGUGUCUGAAUGGAGAUGCUGCAUUCCUCGCCUAACACGACCAGGGCGUUCGAGGAGUCGCUUCCUUCUGGGUCGUUGUAACACAUCUGUGCAGAGCAUGGGACUACAGCCUCUGGUCGCCACGCGAUAGCGAGAAUGCUACGCCACAACUGCUCCAACUGCCUUUUCUACGCCUACCAUGGCAAGGCCGAAUCGGCGUCACCAUGUUCGCUUUCCUCACAGGCUACGUGUGCGCAAUCAAACCACUCCGACAGGCAAAGUCGGGCAACAUUCCCGCCGCGUUGACGACUCUGGGAAAAUCCGCUUUCCGCCGACCACCGCGACUGAUCAUGCCCGCCACCAUCGCCUUGGUGGUUGCGUGGUUCUUUGCCCAAAUCGGAGCAUUCGAGGUCGCCCACUACAGCGACUCCCACUGGCUGAGGCGCGCUGUCCCAACCAACAUCGGCAGCCUCGACACCGAAAUCCCCCGUCUGCUGAGGAACUUCCAAGGUGCUUGGUCCGGAUCCAACAACGAAUACGACGACCACCAGUGGGCGCUGCUCCCGCUGCUCCAGGGCGCCUUCCUGAUCUACGUGCUUCUUUUCGCGACCGUCUUCAUGAAGUUCCGCAUGCGCCUGUUCACCUGCGCCGUGCUGUUCUGGUGGUACUGGAUGCGAACAAGCCCCGAGAAGGAAACUUUUGAAUGCCAGUUCCUCUACGGCGUCAUGCUCUGCGAUAUUGGCUCCGAGAAGGGCUUCCGCGACUUCGUCAACAGCUACCCCAGGGUUCGACGUGUAGUUCUGACCACGCUCAUCGUUGUUGGCUGGUACUUUGCUUGCUUCCCCGGCGAGAACUGGGAGUGGGCCGCCUGGUCUGUCCAGCUCAAGAACUUCGGCGACUGGAUCAUCCCCGAGGGCGCCGCGAGCUACCCCAAGCGCUUCACCGCCAUCGGCUGGGACCUCAUGGUGACCGGAAUCUGGCUCUCGCCCAGCCUGCAGAGCAUGUUCUCGAACAAGAUCUUCAUGUGGGUCGGCCGCAACAGCUUCGCCGUCUACCUCACGCACGGCACGGUCCUCAAGGUCGGCCUCGCGCGCCUCAUCUACGGCUGGUCCACGGCCCCCUACCACGUCGAGCAGCCCGCCAACGGCGAGGGCAACGCCAUCGAGCACUACAUCCCCCGCUCGCAGAACUGGCUCGUCUGGGCCCUCGCCAUCCCCACCUUCUUCGCCGUCGAGUACACCAUCGCCCACCUCUGGACCACGUACGUCGACUCGCAGUGCGCGCGCGCCACCAAGUGGCUCGAGGACACCAUGUUCGAGAAGGACGAGGACGAGAAGCACGGCGCCGCCAACAUGGCAUAGCGGCCCUGCCGGACUCGGCCCGCUGCGCGUUUUUUGACGACUGUUUCCUUUGUCAUGUGCGCAGAUACCAACAGCGCGUUUCUCUAAAGUCGCAUUUCCGGUUGCGUUUUGCUGGUUGCAUUUUCUGGCGUUUGUGAAGGUGCGAAGCCCGGGGUUACCGGGC